AUGUCUGAGCCGCUGCCAAAGAAGACCUCCCAAUAUGUUCUCCACCAGAACAAGGGAUUCGAAGACCUCAAACUGGAGCAUGGCGUCGAUAUUCCUGAGGUAGAUGAUUAUGGCUGUUUGGUGAAAGUCGAAGCGGUGUCGUUAAACCAUCGAGAUUUGGUCAUUGUAAAUGGCAAAUACCCCUUUCCCUGUCAUUUCCCUCGCAUUCCCGGCUCGGACGCAUCGGCCAUUGUGCUGGCGACGGGCGCCAAAGUGACCCAGUUCAAAGUGGGCGACCGAGUAUGCACACAGUUCAGACCGACGCACCAAGCAGGCCGGAUCAAGGCAGCAGAUUUGUGGGUUGGCCUCGGCGGCCAGAUCGACGGCACCUCGCGACAGUAUGCCGUGUUUCCCGAGACGUGGCUGGUUAAAGCCCCGGCCAACCUGAGUGCCGAGGAGGCCAGCACUCUUACCUGCGCUUGGGUGACAGCGUGGAAUGCACUAUUCGGGCUCCAAGAUCGAUGUUUGAAGCUUGGGGACUAUGUCCUGACGCAGGGCACGGGCGGCGUCAGUAUCGCGAUCGUGCAAUUGGCGGUCGCCGCCGGGGCGAUUGUCGUUGCCACCACCUCCUCUGACAAGAAGGCGGAGAAGUUGAAGAAACUCGGCGUUAAACAUGUUGUUAACUAUAGAACCGAUCCGAAUUGGGGGAAGACAGUGAAAGAUUUGACGUCUGGCGGACUGGGUGUGGAUAUUGUCGUCGAGCUUGGUGGGCCAACCACCACGCGCCAGAGUCUAACGGCCAUUAAGCCUGAGGGCGUGAUUAGUAUUAUCGGGUAUUUGGGCGGUGCGGAGGCGGAGAAGACACCAAACAUGCUGGAAGCAUUGUCCCAUGCCUGCAUUGUUCGAGGGAGUGCCGUGGGAAGUCGGCUAUUAUUUCAGGAUAUGAAUCGGACCAUUGAGGCGUGUGAGGUACCGGUUGUGGUUGAUGAGAGGGUGUUUGCGUGGGAGGAAUUGCAAGAAGCAUACCAGUAUAUGUGGGAUCAGAAGCAUUUUGGUAAGGUCGUCGUGAGAGUUGCUUCGUGA